AUGCAAUCAACUUCAAAGGUUGUGAAAAAUAUGUCACUUGGUAAAAAUAAAAAAGAAGUUACAAAACAGUCUUAUAGUUUUAAUCCAAUAACCCAUUUGUGUGAAAAUGUUUUAUCUCAAAGAAAAAAUGUUUCAUCUCAAGAAACUGCUAUUAAGGAAAAAAUAAAACGCCCUAUGAGCUCAUUCUUAUUGUGGGCAAAAGUUACAAGAAAAAAUUAUUUAAAAAAAAAUCCUCACAUGCAUAAUUCAGAAGUCAGUAAGCUUUUAGGAUACACAUGGAACCAAAUGAGUGCAAUUGAAAAAUUACCGUUUACAACGCAAGCAAAGAACCUUCGAACGGUUCAUAUGACAAAUCAUCCAAAAUAUUGCUACUCUACCAAGAACUUAAACAACAACGACAUAGCAAAAAACCCAAAUUUGAAAAGUUAUGGUUACCUUCAAAACGCGUAUAUUGCACAAAAUACUGUUGCAGCAACAAAAUGCAUUUCAUCAAAUGAUGUUAAUGAUUAUUCAUCUGAUGUUAGUUUCAAUAAUAUUGAAAAUAUGUUACCUCUCAAUGAAGAUCCAUUAGUAGAUUUUAACAAGAGUAAUAAAUUCAAUAUUGAAAGUGAUAAAGAAAUUUGUGAAGAGAGUACUACGCUUCAUUACCAUCCAAACCAAGUACAACUACAUUUUGAUAACCAAUAUAAAAACAGUAAUGAAAAAGAAACAAACCAAACAUACGAAAAAGAGAUAAAUAAAGACAUUGUUGAAUACGACAAUGAGUUAUUAAUGUAA